GUCUGAGUUUGUGGUGUAUAUAUGCCGGGAAUUGACCAAUCAAUCCCUUCCCCCAUUUCCUCUCCCAUUUUCCCUGAGAAAGCUUCGUUCCUCUUCUCGGGCUCAGCAGAUCAGCACGGCAGGAUCCUCUCUUCAGUGCCCCCAGCGAUGAAGAGGUCGAGUCUCUUCGCAGCUUCCAUGGCUGCCGUGUCUGCAACUGCCACCGUCUCUGCUGCUUCUCCCCCGUCAAACUUCACCUGCAAUUGCAAUUUCAAACUCUCCCUCCAGGAGGCUGGCUCCAGCAGAGAUCAUGAGGAUUCUUCCUUGCAAUCUGCUGCUUCGGAUUCUUCCUUGCAAUCAGCUGCUUCAACCGAUAAGUUCGCCCCGAGAUUCGACGGGCUGCGGUUUAUUGAAACACUGGUUACUGCUCACAGAUGAUAUUCUGUUCAUCCCUGGGAAAAUAUGGUGAUCUCGAUUCUUGUCCAGUGAUUACAGGAGACUGAAAAGAAAAAGAAAAAGAAAAUUGGAUUUGCAACUUUUAGUUCGAUUUUUACUUUUACAGGAGAAAACAGAAUGUAUCUUUCUGGGGGUCAUUGUAUUUCCUCAUUAGAGCAAAUGUCUUUCGUUCAAGAUUCACUCUUCUGUACUGUGGGUUCCAAUUCUUUGUGAGGUUGAUAUUUAUUCGAUCCGUGCCAUGUUAUAAGAUGGUUGGGGUGUCAUUGGAUUGAUCGGUAUUUGUUCCAUCUUUCAUGUAGGGUUUGAGCCGUCUGUUGGUCUUAUCUACCUGUACGAAUUAUCUUUCUCGAAAUCGAAGAGCUUAACUUGUCUUCUCAUA